AUGGUGGACGAGCAGAGCCUAGCGAAAGUUUUUUGCCUGAAUGACAACCAACAAUGGGAUAUUCUAGGCAAGGGACAUGUCUCCACUAUUUAUGUGGAACGUCUUCAGGGCAUGUGUCUGCUAGUUCGAUCUGAACCUAACGGCUUACAGAUCUUGGAGUCAAAGAUAAAGCCAGACACGCCCUAUGAGAGACGAGAAGAGACAUUAAUUGUUUGGUCUGAAGCUGAGAACCACGGUAUGGCGAUAAGCUUCCCAGAUGCAGCAAGUUGUCAUGAGAUAUGGAAAGACAUCUGCCAGGUUCAAGGUAAAGACCCAUCUGCCAAUACCACACAUGACGCCUUAGUUGAAUCCGAAGAUGAGACAUCGGAUGAGGUGGCAGAGACUGAUGAAAUGCUUGAGCUGCCUGACUGUGAACUGGGUAAUCUUGGCCAAAUUGCUCACUUAAUUGGCUCAGCUCUCACCUCAUCUCUGCAUAAGGAAAGGCUGGUUCUGUUAUUGGGAAAUGAGGACUUUAUUAAAAAAUUACUGCAGUUGUUCCACACUUGUGAGGACCUAGAGGAUACUGAAAGCUUACACUAUCUGCAUGACAUUGUUAAAGGGAUGUUAUUUCUCAACAAGGUAUCUCUGCUUGAGAUCCUCUUUUCUGAUAAGUAUAUCAUGGAUGUGGUGGGAUGCCUUGAAUAUGACCCUACCUUGGCUCAACCAAAAAGGCAUAGAGAAUUCUUAACCCAAGAAGUGAAGUUCAAAGAAGUUAUACCAAUUAUAGACCAUAAACUUCUGCAAAAAAUACAUCAGACAUACAGGGUACAGUACAUUCACGACAUCCUUUCUCCUGUCCCAUCUAUAUUUGAAGAGAAUUUUCUUUCUGCUUUUACAACUUUUAUUUUAUUAAACAAGGGUGCGAUAGUCAGUAUGCUGCAGGAAGAUGAUAAGUUUUUGUCCACCGUUUUUGCACAGUUAAGGGAUAAGACUACAGAUGAUGAUACACGGCGUGAACUGUUAUUUUUUUUCAAGGAAUUCUGUGCAUUUUCUCAGACAUUACAUUCUGAAAACAGGGAUGCACUAUUCAAAACACUGACAGAAGUGGGAAUUCUUCCUGCUCUUAAAGUGUUAAUGAGUAUGAAUGACUUGCAAAUAAGGUCAGCUGCUACUGAUAUAUUUACUUAUCUGGUAGAGUAUAGUCCAUCCAUGAUUCGAGAAUUUAUAAUAAAAGACCAACAUAGUGAAGACAGCAUCCUUUUCAUUAAUUUAGUAAUUCAACAAAUACUCUGUGAUACUGACCCUGAGCUAGGAAGUGCUUUUCAUUUAAUGGGAAUUCUUCGUUACCUGCUUGAUCCAAAUAACAUGACAACAACAUCUAGUCACUGUGAAAAAAGUGAAUUUCUACACUUCUUCUUUAAGCAUUGUAUGCAUAAUUUCUUAGCACCACUUUUGUCAACUACUUCAGGAUAUAUACGUGACAAGGAUAAUAUAGUUGGAUCUGACGAAAACAACGAAAACUGUCUCAAUAAUUACCACACAGCACAGCUGCUUGCCUUAAUUUUAGAUCUGUUUUCAUUUUGUGUGCAACAUCAUGCAUAUUACAUGAAAAAAUAUAUUUUGGACAAAGACUUGCUAAGAGAAGUCUUGAUCUUGUUAAAUUCAAAGCACACUUUUCUAAACUUGUGUGCUCUUCGUUUUAUGAGAAGGAUGAUUGGCCUUACAGAUGAACUUUUAAAUCGUUAUAUCAUAGAGGGAAAUUUUUUUGAGCCGGUUGUAAAUGCUCUUCUAAAGAAUGGAACUCGGUACAAUAUGCUGAAUUCAGCUAUUGUUGAACUGUUUGACUACAUAAGAAUGGAAGACAUCAAAUCUCUUGUUGCCCAUAUAGUUGAAAAGUUUUAUGCAACACUUAAGUCAAUUGAAUAUGUUCAGACAUUCAAAGGAUUGAAGGUGAAAUAUGAGCAAGAGAAAGAGCGGCAAAAUCAAGGAGGGAAGAAUUUGUGUCCUGUAUUGUAUAGUAAAGUAUUUUGCAGAGGUUCCAGUGUCAUAGAGGAGGAGGAGGAGGAGGAGGAGGAGGAGGAGGAAAUGAGUAUUAAUGAAAAUAUAAAAGAAGAAGCAGUUAAGCCACCACCAGAAAGUGAUUUUGAAGAUCAUUUUGAGACUGAAAAAACAAAAGAAAAUGAAGACAAGGUAGAUACUCCCUCCCAAACAUCUUGUGGUGACUUCAAAUUUACUUCAUCCCAUUCUGCUGAUGCUGCUGAUGGAGCAAGUAACCCAAACCGCAGAAGUGUGAUUUCCUUAGUGGAUUAUUCAGAUGAUGAAGAAGAAGAGGAAGAUGAAACACCUCCCAGCAAAAAACCACAUCUUAGCCCAUAA